UUCUGUGAGGACCUCUCAGUCCAGCAUGGCUGCGCCCGGCGGGACUCUGAACUGUGAGGACUUUUCAAUGUUUCAGGAGGUGCUAAAAGCGAUGCGCACCAUUGACGACCGGAUUGUCCAUGCGCUCAACACCACUGUGCCCACUGCAUCCUUCUCAGGCAAAGUGGACGCUUCUCAGACCUGCAAAGAGCUCUAUGAGUCUCUGUUGGAGGCCCAUCUCAGUAGAGACAAGGCAAUAAAGGCAUGUAUUACAGAAACCUCAGCUGCCGUCGCGCAGUUACGUGAAGAGAGGGCGAAGGACACUGACAACCUGUCCAUCAUCAAGCAACUCAGGAAAGAGCAAACCAAGCUAAAACUCAUGCAGUCUGAGCUGAACGUUGAAGAAGUCGUGAACGACCGCAGUUUGAAGGUUUUCAGUGAAAGGUGUCGAAUCCACUACAACCCUCGGCAGUUCAAAUGAAUUCCUGUUUAUCUUAUGAAAGAUGCGUAGCGUUCACACACAAAUGACUAUGGGUCACAGCUGGACGCAGGCCGGGACAUUGCUGCCCCUCAGUGGCCCCUCGAAGCCCCCCUUCCCUGGUUAACUGUAUUAUACUGUGUUUCUACAGUAACGCAAGAAAACUGCUGUCCUCCUCGUUUGUCUUCAAACAGCUGUUGUACAAAAUGGAUUUUAUAAACAAUUGUUUUUCCAGUGGCCAACACGUGUCCAUUGUUGUGGUGGGCUGGCUGCUUUUUAACAUUCUCUAAUUACAGGUGAGAUGAGGUGAAGAGUGAGUGAGUGCGUGCUCUUGCUUAGGGACCUAAUAAGAAUUACUACUACUAUGAUAAGGACAUUAGCUUUAUCAAAGGUUAUGCACAUGUUCUUCAAAGUCAUAGAUCAUCUCAAACUCAACCCAAUCCCAUUUCUUGUCUUUACCCUUACCCCUUGUUUUCAAGUGGAACUGAGUUACAAGGAGUAGUGGUUGAAAUCUUCCCUACCAACUGGGACAACUGUCAAAUAAAGAAGAACAUUACUUCAUUAACAGGCUACUAGUGGUGCUCUGUAGACGACCCUGCCAGUCUGCAGUGAUAGCAGAGAAGGGUAAAGUUGAGCCUCGCUGCUGGGCUUUAGUUUAAUUACUUAACUUAGUUUAAUUCUUUGGUAAUAUGAAGCUGAAGUUAGCUACUCAUUAUCUUCUUGUUUGAAUUUUUCUGCUUCACCUUAAAUGGUGAAGCAGUUCUGACUGCCAUUUAAAGUAGAACAGGAAAUUUAGCUAGCUAGCUACUGAGACAACAACAAACUACUAGCAAUUCUUAAUGCUUGUUAUGAAGAAAAGGCCCAUAAAACUUAGAAAUGACAUUAAACUAAGAUAAUACAAUGGUUGUUGUAAUUUGUAAAGGAAAAAAAAAACUCAUAACACUGCGUUUGAAUUGUGCCUCUGAAAAAACUCUGUUUGGAGGGCCAUGAAGUCCAAACACUUCGCCCUACCCCUCUAUCUCAAAAAUCGGGACUCUCUACUCCUAGACGUGAAUGCACAAAACGGCAUGCUAAGGGCUAAGUGGUAGGGGCACAGAGUGAAAUGGGAUUGGGCAAAAUAAAGGUACUACAAAUGACACUAGCGGUCACAAACCCUCCCACACAUACAGAUAUAUAUAUGAGUCAGUCUCACUUUAGAUAACAUUAGCCAGUUACUUCAAGCUUUCGUUCAAGCUGUGAUGUGGGUGCUACUUCCAUAAAGCUGUCAUGGUGCACCUCCACAGUAAUUGUAUGACUGGACACAUAAAUAUCGACACGAUCCAA